UGGCGCAGGAGCGGCUGUUGGUGUAGAGGCGGUAUCAUAACGUAUUAUAUAGAAAAAAAAAGUGAUUUUGGUGUUCGAGUGCGGUACAAUUUCACCGUUUAGGUUAAACGGUGCAGCAAAAAGAAAAUAGUAGGGGGGAAAUAUUCUGUACGAUAGUUUUAAUUAAAGAAAAAACUGCCGCUUCUUUUUUCAAGCGCGCUGGUUUCUUAUACCGUAGAAGUGGGUCGUACAGGCCGGCUGCUGGGCGGUGACGUGUUCGUGCUGUACGGUCUUUCGGUGAACCGAUUUUAUUUCGUGAAACGUUUUAGACGAACGAUGAAGGAGGAAAUCGCCGCCACCGUUUUCUUCAUCACCAGGCUAGCCAAGAAACGCGGGAAGCUGGAAAAACGCCGCUCCGAGAAGCUCGCCCUGGAGCUGACGGCGAUCUUGUUUGAAACCUACAAGAACCACUGGUACCCGGAGUGUCCUGCCAGAGGCCAGGCCUUCCGGUGUCUCCGGAUGAACAAAGCCCAGCAGAGGGACCCCCUGCUGGAGCGGGCCUGUCAGCAGAGCGAUGUGGACUACGAGGAG